CGCCCCUCUCCGCCUCCUCUCCCUCCUCAAACCCCGCCCCCUCCUCGCCCUCGAGGUCUUCGACUGGAGGCGGAAGCUCCCCGACGCCCCCCCGCCGCUCCCGGAGGAGUUCGCCGCCGCUAUUGCCCUCGCCGGGCGCGCCCGCAACGUGGCCCUCGCUGCCGACCUCUUCGCCGAGGCGGCCGCGGCUGGGCGCGACUCCUCCCUGUAUAACGCCCUCAUGGCCGCCUACAUGCACAGCGGACACAUCACCAAAGCCGUUUCCGUGUUCGACGAGCUCCGGAAGGACCCCGCCUGCGAGCCCAACGUCGUCUCCUACAAUAUCUUGCUCUCGCUCUACGGUCGCCACGUGCUGAUAGAUCAAAUGGAGUCCGUGCUCCGCACAAUCGACGAGUCCGGGAUCUCCCGCACGCUCGAAACUUACAAUAUUGCGAUUGCAGGCUACCUGAUUGGUAAAAUGUGGGACCGAAUGGAGAGCACCUUUCGGGCAAUGGAAGAUGGGCCCGUGCAGCCGGAGCUGAGCACUCAUUUCUUGAUGCUCCGUGGUUAUGCGUUUGCGGGUGAUCUGGAGAAGAUGGAGAGGAUGUAUGAGAUGGUACGGAAAGAAGUCAACAGCAACGAGAGGGCACUGAUUCCUGUAAUGAUCUGCGCGUAUUGUAAGAGUAAAGACCCGAAAAGAAUCCAGAAGAUUGAGGACUUGAUGAGGUUACUAAACGAGGAUGAGUACAGGCCGUGGCUCCAUGUGCUUUUAAUCAGGGUUUAUGCACAGGAGGGUUCGGUCGAGGUGAUGGAGCGGCUCAUAUCCGAGGCCCUGCAGCGGAACAUGGAGAUCUCAUCGGUAGGUGUGGUGAGGUCGAUUUUGGCUACUUACUUUCGGUGCAAUGCAGUUGAUCGGCUGGCUAGAUUCAUUUGGCAAGCUGAGGUAGCCGGUUGGAGGCUAUGCCGAGAUUUAUAUCAUUGCAAGAUGGUGUUGUAUUCUCGACAGAAUCGUUUGGAGGAGAUGCACAGGGUUAUAGAUGAGAUGGAGAAUUAUUGGGUUGAUAGGGAUAAACGGACGUUUGUGAUCUUGUACAAGGCUUAUUCCAAUGCAGGGAGGAGGUUGGAAGCAGACACGGUGCUUGGGAUGAUGUGGAAGCAUGGGUUUGCGUUGACCCGGAUGGCUUCUUUGCCUAACUAGUGAGUGAAGACUGCUGGAAGGAUUUCUCAUACUAUAUUGCGGCUGACAGAAAGGGAGAUUUGAUUCCCUUAGCUAUGGAGAUAUUAACUCAGCUUGAAGGCUAACAUCUCCCAUAAUGCAUGGUUUGGAAAUUUUCGGUUGAGAGGUGGAGCAUGCGGGAAAAGCAGUUCUAAAACAUGGUUUCUUCAUCCCAUUUAUUCUUUGGCGGCCAGGUCCAAUUUUCUUUUCCCUACAACAUUGGACCCUAGAUGGAAACACUAAUAACCAAAUUACCAGAACUACACAAUCAAAUUUUUUUUUUCUUUUACAUUACUGCCCAAUGUAUUCGAAGUGUCUUCGUGCUUGUAAUAGCCUUUUGUUUUCUUGUAAUACAUCAUCACCCGUAGUUGUAUGCAAUGCAACAUAGAUUUUGAUUUGUA